AUGAAUGUACAGUUCAGCGACAUUGAUAACCAGUUUGCUUUUGAGGACAGUCCAAGGGAUGUCAGCACAGCAACCAGUGUAAUCAACUCUGGAUUUCUCACUGAUCUGCAAAUAAAGCAGUCAAACUCAGCAAAUGAUAUCAAUGGAGAAUUUACUCAAAACAGGGAGACUCAAGAGAGACGUUCUGGCCCCAGCAAAGCUGUGCCAUUCAGUGACGGUGUUGGUUUAGAAAGCACCUGCACCCAAACAUCAGUGUCAGCCACUUAUGCCGAAAUUCCAGACUUCAGUCAACCACAAGACAAGGAGACCUCACGUCCUCAGCUCAUUUCCCUGGGCGUGAAUGCUGCAGGUUCAUCACCAAUAAAAAAGCUGCUGAAACGUGUGUCCUUCUCAAAGAAAAAGCAUCCUAAACCUCAGUGUGAAAUUGCAAGCUCAGGUAGCCCUCAGGUUUCCACAGGGUCACAAAGUGCACCUGUUUCGUUGCCCAUUUCCAUCCAAACGCCAGGGUCAUCCGCAAUCAACCAGAAGAUAUCUCACCCUACCUCCUCCACCAUCAGCAUUAACAGUGAUAUGCAGGCACUGGUAACACCGGCUGCUGAAGAUCCAAAGACAACAGGUACAUGCAUCUCAGUCAGUGCACCAGAGAUGUUUUCAGCAUCAGCAAGCCGAUUUCUGGAGGGCACGCCGUCACUGAAGAUUACCAACCUCACAAUCCCUGAGGCAGAGGUGUGCAAGGAGUUCGGAGGAAAGGGGGAAUUCUUUCUAUAUUCAAUACAGUUUGAUGUUGUGCCAACCAUUACACCUUCAAGUUCCACUGAGAAUAUUCAAAGAUGUGAUUUGGGGCCUGUUCAUAAGAUAACGAAACGGAGACACAGGGAGUUUGUGAAUUUGCACUCAAGACUGGAGCACAACUUCCAGCUGAAACCUAGUUUGAAAGGGAUACACGAUGUGCCAAAGCGCUUGUCCAUUCCACUCGCACCAACUGCCAAGCCAGCUAUUGACCAGAGGCGCAUCAGCCACCAACACUAUCUACAGCAAUUGCUUGCACGACCCUUGCUACAUUGCAGUAGAGAGCUUGCAGAGUUCCUUGCCUUGGAGGGAAACACACACAUAGAAUACGUCAGGCACCAUCCAAGAGAAUAUGUUCCACGGAUAGAUAAGAUGCUGCGAAACCGGGUAUCAGGCCUUGUGGAGUCCAUCAAACAUGCCAGAUCUGCCAUUCCUCGGGCCCUGAGUGACAUUGGUCCACUGCCUCCCAUGAGUCCUCCCAUGUCACCUGUAAGGAAAUCCAGGGGGUCUCAUCAGGAGACAGACAAGAAGGUGCUCUCUCCUCCAACAUCUCAAAGGCCAGGAUCUCCCUCUCCCAUUGAUGAACAGGAUGGCAGCGGUGGGGACAGGAUAUUUGUGUUUGAUAGAAGGCCAAAGACAACAGUGCAGUUAGCAACAUGCAGCAUUAUUCAAGACCAUAGUAUGAAGACUUGUGCCAAUGUCACAUCACCUGCAUACCGUCCCGCUGCAACCACUCCCAUUAACCAUCACAGCCUUGGUCCACGCUCUAAUGGAGAUGGCUAUGAAUCUCCAGAAAUGGCACCAGCAGAGACACCAUCAGAUGAGAGAGAGUCCAGUACAGUGCUGGGGUCAGAGAAGGUCGCACUCUUGGAUUCAGUGCUGUGUUUCCUUGGAGACAUCUUUCAUGACAAGGACCUGUGGUUCUUGGACGAGGGUUUUCAGAGUGUGCUGACGAUACUUGCAGGAGAUCUUCUUGAUGGAUGGAUAGAAAGACAAGUGAAUUUGCUUCUGUCGGACCAAUGGUGUGCCUUCUACAUGGCUGAACUAAGAGAGGCACUCUGGCCUGGAGGGAAGUUGCUGUCUGCUAAUGAGGGGACGGGUACAAGAACAGAGGCUGAGAAAGCAGCUACAAUGAAGGAAGUUCUGACUAUGCUUGUAGACGCAAUGCCAGACUUGUUCUACACAGUUGUUGACAAACAGGACUGGCAGGAUGGGCUACAGCUGCUUCUAGAUUCCUUGGGAGAUCCUCAACUCAACAGGCAUCUGUUGUUCACCAUCUUAGACUUAAUGAUGGAUGCUUUGAUUAGUGAAAUCAAAGAUGAAGACUUCCAGAAGAACCUCAUUUCCAGGAUUUGAUGGUUGGGGUUGGUCAUCAUCCGUAAGUCAAAAGAAGAGAGCUACGUUUAAUGUUUGUUUUCUUAAUCAAGUCAUUUGUUUUGAUUUGGUUUUGAGGAGUUGAAAAGCUAUGCACAGUUUAUUUCAUGUAGGCUGUAUGCUAUCUAGACAACUUCAUUAUCCUACUGCUGUAAACCUGAACAGUAUUACUGAAAUUUUAAAACAGAAUUACAUGUAGUAGCAUAACUUCCUGGGCCUAGGCUCGUCACAUUGGGGUGACAUUCAUAAAUAUGGCAACUGCUAUGAGCAUGUUUCACAAAAGAUUUAAGUGAAUUAUAGUAUAAAAUGCUGAAGGCAUGGGAAAUUAUGUGUUGCAGCUUUGUGAAUCUGUAGGAUUUAGGAGACAUGUAACUUUAUUGUUUUGGGUGCUGUAGUUUCCUGUGUGACAAAAGGAAGGGUUCAUUGAUAUCCAUAUUGGACAUUGUCAACGCCAAACAGUUCGAUGCAUGCAGUUGUUCAAGCGGCAAUCCAUUCAUUGCUGUUGUGGAAUGAUUUUUCGCCGGCCUCAAUCGGCGGGGUGAGAUUUUCCAGCAAAAAGGCAAGCAGUUGAUGGAAAAGCAGAUGGUAAUCCAAUAACCUAAAAUAAUACUUGACUUCAGUCACAAGAUUGCAAACAAGAGAUUCAACAUAGACGGUAAUCCAUUUGAAGUAAUACCAGUCUAUUACAGAUCAAUCUCCUCAAAUCCAUACCACAGACAUAUUACGCCAAGCUCAUUCAAUCUGGCAGUUAUGUAAAGUACGUGUACAUGUAGACAGUACACUCUGGCAGUUAGAACUCAUCUUAGGACCCAGAAUUUUGUGGCAGUAAACACAAAGGCGUAAAUUGCCACAAAAUUGCCAAUAUUCUGGCAACUUCAGGACAUGAAUGGCCUAUGCAUACAAUUCACUACACUAAUUGGGGUGAAUAAACCCUGGAUUAAUUCCAGCAAAUUAUCAGUGUGGCUGUCUCGGGACAAACGUAAGUCCCGAGAAGUUUCGAUGGUCAACUUUGAAGACUAGGCCCUAACGUUAGGACUACAACAUGUACACUUGACUCAGACUUCUGAGAUCCAGUUCUUUAUUAACCCAACUUGUUGGUAUUCACAAAGUUCAGCUGACUAGGUUCACCAGGAUGGUUGAGAUCAUCCGUGGUAAAUUGAGCUGAUUUGAGUUUGAGAUAACAAUCAAAUUGGGCUCUCUUGGAACAAUCAGAGUUGAAUAACUUCAAGAAAAUCACUGGAUAUUACAAAUGAUGUAUGACAAUUUACAAAGCACACUGGGUAAAAACAACACAUGAGGUUAAAACAAAGGAACUAGUGUGUGAUGUGGCAUACUGACAAACUUGUAACCACAAUGCAUGGUUGAACGCACACUGGCAUAGAGUAACCACAGGAGCUGCACACAGUUGCCACAGAUGGUCCCGUGUACAAGGUUGUGCAAUAAAAAACAAAGGUAGUCUCUUUCACUGCUCAAAAAGGGAAAGUACUCGUGGGCUCUUUUACAAACGCAAAGACACAUUAUGCUGUAGUGUUGUUAUUAUUAAAAAUCCUAAAUCUACAUGCAAUUAAACUUCUUAAAGAAAACUCACUGCAAAGCAGCUGCAGUGACAAUCAGUCAUAAAUAUACAUGUAUGUGUACAUCGCUAGUUGAGACCGCACGGAACAUGUACAGAAAUGAAGUACAUGUAAGAGCUCAUAAUAGUAACAGUGUAUAACAAACAGUUAAUUAUCUCUCUCGCAAGCACAUGGAAAGUUCUUUUCCAAUGCUUUUGAUUGCAGCGUUCAGCGGGCUCAAUGCACGUGAGUAACGCAACACCGUGCAUGGCGCAUUCUUUGAGCUCACACUCCCAAGUGUGCCCUCCUACUUGCCAACGGCUGCUUUUUUUUUGGAAGCUACUAGCCCUUUAGGCUCAGCUGCCAGUCUCCUUUUGGUGUUCCUGACCAGGGGAGGAGUUUUGGUGGAGGUUGCAUCUAACCUUUUUCCUGUCAAUGUUACAAUAUUACUGUCAGGCCUGUGGAGGUUGUCGGUGACAUUGCCUGCAGCGUUCGCACAUGGCUUCAGCGAAUUCACAUGCUUCAAGACAGAGACUCUAUUUCCCGCAUUCUCAUCCAUAAUUCGACUACAAACCAAGAACUAGGUUCACUUAAACUGUUCUGUUGGAAACUGUUUCCUGUGUGGUACAGAUUAUGCAGCCUAUUGUCACGCAAAUAUGAGAAAAAGUUGUAAAUUUUUUGUAACUAGUAACAGCACGGUUGAGUUUUGUGGGUAAAUUUCACACUCUGAGUUGUGGGUAAGUACCGCGCAAUAUCAUAGAAUCUUGCAGUAACCGAAGUUAGCGAGGUUGAAUAGUACCAGUGUAUAACAAACAGUUAAUUGUACUUUCUCUCGCAAGCACAUGGAAAGUUCCCAAUUCUGUGUACCGUCCUUUCAAAAGAAAUCUUUGAGCCUUGACCGUUACAUUUUCUGAUCCUCUGUUUAAUGUAUUGAUAAUAAAUACAUACAAGCAUAAUAAAUGAGUAAAUGAAAUGAACAUGUGAACUUGGUACUUACAUGUACGUAGAGACAAUUUGUCUGGAAGGCUUCACCUCCUCUGUUUAGACAUGAAAACACUACCUUCAUUGUGAGGACAGCUCCAUCUUUAAGUUUCAUAUUAAUUGUGAGUCCCAAUUUCUCAUGUAUACCGUAAGUGGCUUUUGAAUUUGAAUUUUUUCUACACAAACCAAAUAUUUGGGAUGGGCAAAUUAGAAGGAAUGCACUGAGUUUGGUUCAGUAAACACUGAUCAUUGCAAUACAUGUCUAAAAUGUCCCAGUUGAUCAUGUCAAACCACAGUUGGCUUUGACAGGUCAAGAACAUAUUUAUUCUGUUCAUUAUUGUAUUUUAACAAACCUGUAAAUGUAUACUUGAUGUCCGUAAAACUACUUAAUUGUGAAAACUCCAGUUAACAAAUGCAUAAUAAUUGUGACCUGCUCUGCACAA